UUUAAAACAAAAAGAACCAGUUGAAAGAACAUGUAUUGUUUUGUGUAUAAAGCAAAAGAUAAUUUGUAAGUUUUCUUAGAGAAGUACAAUCAAAGUUUGAUGAUACUUACAUGUACAAAUUGUCAAGUUUUCUCAAACAACAUGAGUUUGGCAAAUUUUAGUGAUAGCACUGUUUUAGUAUCUUUUUCUCCCUCGAAUGCAAAAUGAAUGUAAGAUUUGUGGUUUUAACAGUCAAAGGACUAGAAGAUAUGUUCAUACCUAUGUUAAACAACUGCAAAACCACAAAAUUUUUGAAGAAAAUACAUGCCCAAAUUGUCAAAUUUUCACUAUCCCAGAGUAAUUACUUGGUAACCAGAAUGGUUGAAAUUUGUGACACAAUUGGAGAUAUUGACUAUGCAAAUUCGUUGUUCACAAAAGUUGAUGAUCCUAACAACUAUUUAUACAAUAGUAUGAUUAGAGCUUAUACGCAUAAACAUAGGUAUAUUUCAUGUAUCAAUAUGUAUCGUCAAAUGAUGAGGGGAAUAGCGUCUCCAGAUGAAUAUACGUACCCAUUUGUUAUUAGAUCAUGUAGUGCAACUUUGCGUGUUGAUAUAGGUGAACAGUUUCAUGGUAAUGUGUGUAGAUUUGGGUUGAUGUCGAGUGUUGUUAUAGCAAAUUCUUUAUUGGAUAUGUACGUAAAAUGUGAUCGAAUGGGGUAUGCGCGUAAGAUGUUUGAUGAAAUGUCUGAGAGAGAUGUGAUUUCUUGGAAUGGUUUAAUUUGUGGAUACGUAAGAUUGCGGCAGGUGAAGAAAGCGAGAGAUUUGUUUGAUGAGAUGCCGAAUAAGAGUAUUGUUUCUUGGACUGCUAUGAUUUCGGGGUAUACAAAAACCGGGUCUUAUGGUGAUGCGUUGGAGGUUUUUAGGAGGAUGCAAAUGGUCGGGGUGAAACCGGAUUGGAUUAGUUUGGUUUCGGUUUUGCCUGCUUGUGCGCAACUUGGGGCGCUCGAGUUAGGGAAGUGGAUUCAUUUCUAUGCGGAGAAGUAUGGGUAUUUGAGGAAGACUUCUGUUUGUAAUGCGUUGAUGGAAAUGUACGCGAAAUGUGGAAGUGUAGAUCAGGCUUGGCAGUUGUUCGGCCAGAUGUCUGAAAGAGACGUGAUCUCGUGGAGUACGAUGAUUGGAGGCUUGGCUAAUCAUGGUAGAGCGCAUGAAGCAUUGAAGUUGUUUCACGAAAUGCAGAGAUCUGCUGUUGAACCGAAUGAAAUCACAUUUGUCGGUCUUCUAUGCGCUUGCGCGCAUGCUGGUCUGUGUGAUGACGGUUUGAGGUAUUUCGAUUCCAUGAAAGAAGAUUACAACAUAGAGCCCGGGAUAGAGCAUUAUGGUUGUCUGGUUGAUCUUCUUGGACGUACAGGCCGUCUUGAACGAGCUCUUGCAAUCAUCAAGAGCAUGCCCGUUAAGCCCGACUCUGCUAUAUGGGGUUCUCUGUUGAGUUCUUGCAGAACUCAUCGCAAUCUUGAAAUCGCAGUUGUUGCAAUGGAACAUCUACUAGAGCUCGAACCGGAAGAUACAGGGAACUACAUUCUACUCGCAAACAUUUAUGCAGAUCUCGGAAAGUGGGACGGUGUAUCAAGGAUGAGGAAGUUCAUAAGAAGUAAAAGCAUGAAGAAAACACCGGGAUGCAGUCUGAUCGAGAUAAACAGUUUGGUCCAAGAAUUUCUAUCGGGUGAUAAUUCGAAACCAUUCUCAAAAGAUAUCCACGAGGUGCUAGAGCUUUUGGCCUUGCAUCAAAGCGAAGAACAUGAUCUAGUUGUUGACACAAUACUUAACUAGUACAGUAGUACUUAAGUUCAUGAAUUUAUACUUCAACACAUAGUGAUCAACGAGAAGUUGUCAUUCUGAUGCAUAUGCUCUUUUCGGUUGAAGUUUUUAGCAUGAUUUGCCACAUUCUUUAACGCGUCAAAGACAGGUAUCGCGAUGAACAGCCUGGAAGUCUAUGCCAGACACGCGGUGGUGUUCUGUUUACAUAAGAAAUCUUGUCUGCAAUGCGACGUUACAGACCAAAAUUUCACUCAUUUUGCUGGCAUUGGUGACAAAGUGAGGAUUGAGCCACUAGCAAUCUGCUUAUACAACAAGAAGUAAGCAACUCGCGACGCCAUUGACCAUGUACAAAGAAGAUUUGCUCGUUGUCUUCAGACGAUAAUUUUUUCCAGUGAAGAACCAACGAGUAGGAUAUGGUCGACAUGUCUGCUUGCCCCUGUGAAUGCAUCAUCAAUCAUCUCACCAGUUGACCUGCCAAUGACCCAAGUUGCUCGGACUCUCCAAAAAAGUUGUCGGAUCCUCCAAAUAUACACUGUUUUUGAAGGAUCCGACACGUACCCGAUGACAUUUCUGAAGAGUCCGAGCAACAUAGCCAAUGACUAUGUAUUGAUCUUCUGCUCCUUACUUGUCUAUGUUCUAUAGAUGGGCUUGAUUCCCGAGCCUCUGAUCGAUAUUGAUCGUAUAAGAAAAAGGCGAUCAGGGGACUCUCGAAAGUGAUAAUAUGCUCUUUUUGGUCUGUUUCAAAACAAAUGAUUAUUUCUUAUAUUUCGAAGUAAUUUAGCUUUA